UCUGCCAUAAAGUACGCUUCCACAUAUAAGCAGCGGCUAGGAAGAAAAGUCCAGUGUACCGUCUGAAGAGAAAGUGGAAGAAGCUGAACAGCCCAGUGAUAUAGAAGAAGGAGGAUUAGAUCUCAGCGUGUCGCUCAAACCAGUCAGUUUCUAUAUCGCAGACAAAAAAGAAAUGCUUCAACAGUGUUUCUGUGUCAUAGGGGAGAAAAAACUACAGAAGAUGCUGCCUGAUAUUUUAAAGAAUUGUUCCAUGGACGAAAUCAAAAGGCUUUGCUUGGAGCAGUUGGAGCUGUUAUCUGAAAAAAAACUUUUGAAGAUACUUGAAGGCAAGAUUGGAGCUGAUUCUGAUACGGACGAGGAGGCAGAUGGAGGAGACAAGACUGGAGGUGAAUCAGUCAGUCAACAGGACAACAGUAUAGACUCUACUUCUUCUCUGAGAGAAGACAACAAGCUGGAAGGUCAGGAAUCAAAACAAGGCAAGGGAGAAGAUAGUGAUGUCCUCAGCAUAAACGCGGAUGCAUAUGAUAGUGACAUAGAGGGCCCAUGCAAUGAAGAAGAUGGCCCAGACGUGCAAGAAAACACUGUCAGAAGUGGAGCCGGUCAGAUAGAUGACCUUCAGAAGGACAUUGAGAAAAGUGUGAAUGAGAUCCUGGGGCUGGCAGAGUCCAGCCCAAAGGAGCCCAAAGCAGCAACCUUAGCCAUUCCUCCGUCAGAAGAUGUUCAGCCGUCAGCACAACAGCUGGAGCUUCUGGAGCUUGAGAUGAGGGCGAGAGCUAUUAAGGCUCUGAUGAAAGCUGGUGAUGUAAAAAAACAGCCCUGAGAUUGUUUAGAUUUAAUUUUCAGUAUUUGUUUUGAAGGAUGUGAUAACUGUUCUCUUCAGUGGUAAAGUAUGUUUGGGUUGGGUAUGACAUUCCUCAUGCAGACCCUGUUGUGUAUCCUGACCUGUGGCUUAAGCCAUCGGUAGCUGGUUUCAUUACCUUUCGUGUGCUGCUUCUGUGACAUGCACAGACAGAGUGGUUUGAUGCUUCACUGGGAUCAGGUCUCUGAGGUUAUCUCCUCAAGGUGUCACACAAAUGCGUAGAGCCUUCCAGAAAGGUUAGGAGUAUCAAUUUCUUUAUAAACCCAUGGUUAAAAAUCACCAGCUGUUUUAUUUAUUAGCAACUUGUUAAACUAGUUGAGAAACUUGAUUUAUACAUACUUCAUUAAAAAUACCAUUUUGAAGAGGUCUUUUCUUGUGUGACUGCCUUCAGCAUUCUGUGAUGGGAUUUGAGAUUGCUUAUUUCUCCUUGGGGCCCAGCUCAUCAUAAUGUAGCUAUUCUAGUUAAAAUUAAUGAUGAUUCACUUACAAGCAUACUUAAUUUUUAGAAAGUUGAAUUCCUAAAAGGAGGGAUUUUUUCCUUUCAAAUAAACAGUUGAACAACAUUAUUUUCAGAGUUAUGAAAGUGCCUGAAAGUGACAAAUACCAGAGUUUUUAUACUGUUGGUCAUUUAAUUUUGUCACUUUGCUCUGCUGUUUAUCUUAUGUGUCAUAACUGAAAUAAAAAAAAUAGAGUUUUUUCUUGACUAUGAAGCUUUUUUGUUGAAUAUUUGGCAUAAAAUUUAGGACGAGGCAGCAAAUCAAACUGUUUAGAGGACCUUGAGUUUUUAAUUUUUAAUGUAGUCAUUUCAUGUCCCCUGUAAUAGGAAAAUCCACCUAAUUUCAGUACAAAUCUUUUUUAGAAAAGGCAUUUAAUUUAUUUGUAUCUAUUAUAUAAGGUUUUAAAAUUCAUAAUUCUACUUUUAUCCAUUUCAAGGGUAUUUGUAAGUAAAUUGUAUUAUAGGAUUAAUUUUCCUGCUAUGAUUUCUUACAAUAAUUAAAGUAAUUCUGAUUUUACUUAGAAUUAGUGGAGGUUUUAUACUUGGCUGCUAAUCAAACGUAUAUGAAAAUAUUUCUGCAUGUGUUUGUUUACGUACACACAGAAAUAGAUUUUUUAAGGUAUGAAGUUUACAAAUGUGGUCCUUGUUGAGUAAAAUGAUGUAUUAUGUAUUGUUACUCCUUAUUUUCUCUUGGUUGUUACUUAGAAACCACAUUAGAUACUUUGCAACAGGAGCAUAAUUUCCACGUGCUAUUUUGUAUUAUUAACUGCAGAGCAUGUUCUAUUCAAAUAUUGUGUUUUAAAUUCUCUUGCAAGUUUUAUAAUUUUCUUUUUUCUCCUUUUUUUCCCCUUUUUCCCCUUUAUAUUGUUUUUUCCCUUUCUUAUUUUCACCUUUUUCUCCCCUUUCCUUUUAACCCCUUUUCUGCCCUUUUCCCUUUCUUUGUUGGUAGGAAAGUGCAUUGUCUUUAGUAGCAGGAUUCUAAUGUAUUUCUUAAAGUAUGAUUCCUCUAGCAUCAAUGGUAUUGUGAGUAAAAUGGUAGCAAAGUAGUGCAGUGUAAAUGUGAUUAUAAACUAAAACCUUCAUUAAGUACAGCUGAGAAAAUGACAGUGUGCAUUCACUAAAUGAUGGCAGUGACCCAAGUGAAUUACACCUGACUGUAAUCAGUUGUCUGCAGCAACAACAUUUUUCUGUUAUUUUUUAGCAAACAUAGGAUGUAAGUUAGAAUUUAUAUAUCCAAUUCAAAAGGUAGCUUAACUGUCUUGGAAUACGUGUGUGUUGUCUCCAGUUAAUUUCAUUUGGCUGUUUGGUGAACCUGUGAUUUAUUUGAGUACAACGAAACAAAGGCAGAUAAUGAGAGAGAGGCAGCUGGCAAAACCUAAAUGCGCUGUCUUGUUCUUCGUAAAGUCAUAGGCUAGUGGAACUAUGUUAGACUGUAAAGGUAAGUUUUACUGCUGCUAUGCUGAUAUCUUUAAGGCACUGAAUACCUCACUUUGCCUGCUGUGGAAACGAAAAAGCUCACCUGCAAGGAGGGCAUUUGCUUCUUAGUCCUGCUGUGCAGCCCUGUCUUAUCUGGACCAAAAAGAAAACACGUUCCUUAAUUGUUUGCCUCCCUUCUUUCAUGUCAGUGUUCAUUUGCCAGUUCUGCAAUCUGCAGUAGCAUUGAUGAGGUUUACAAAAUCCCAGGCAACAUGAAUAAACAAAAAUCAGUCCCUAAUACUGAAGAAAAAUGUACAGUAUGGUAGUAUUUCAUUGACAGGACGAAUGUUUCUAGACCUGUAUCUUUCCUUUUUUACUGGUAGACCCAGCACCCAUGGUUUUGUCACCCGCAGAGGUGGUUCCCUGCUGACUACAUGCUCCUGUGUGGCUCCUGUGCCACUUCUGCCAACCACUGAGCAGCAAAAGGCUGCUGCAUGCAGAAGCCAUACCUUGGUAGGCAUAGCUUAGGGUGUCCUGGGAAAGCUGAAUGUAGAUCAGGUUUACUUAUAAAUAUGUUUCCCACACCACUAGGAGAUACCUUCAAAGGUUCAAAGUCCUUUCAGCGAUGUCCCAGAAUGAUACAUUUGCAGUUGUUUGGCAGCAAGGAAAUGCUGCUAGAAGGAACAAUAAACUAGAACAUAGUUCUCUUCUGCUGCCUACUUGCUGGAGGUAUACGGCAUUUAUUUCUGAACUGAGCUUCAUUUUCCUAUUGGUUCUCCAGGUCACCUUUAAAUAAGUACGAUGAACUGUCAAGGUCAUUAUUUCAAGGUCUGUAUCAAGAAGUCGCAUAUGCUGACUUUAAUAUGUAGUGUGACAAAGAUGAAACAGGUUUACUAUGCACAUGACAGAGAAGAUAUGUAAUUACAGCCCAAUUAAAUUUGAAAUUAAAA